AUGUCUCAUAACACUCACACAGAUGAAACGUCAACCAACCAGCCUUUGGCUAUUGUUGGCCUUGGUCUAAGAUAUCCCGGAGAUGUGAGCUCCGCAGAGGGUUUCUGGGAAAUGUUAAUGGAGCGUCGUUGUGUCUCCACAAAGGUUCCUUCUGACAGAUUGAAUGUGGACGCUCAUUAUCAUCCAGACAGCUCGCGCACCGACAGUCUUGGUUGCGACGGUGGUCACUUCAUCUCCGGGGAUCUGGGGGCCUUUGAUGCUCCAUUUUUCUCCAUUACCUCCGACGAAGCAGACCAAAUGGAUCCUCAGCAGCGGCUUGUGCUAGAGACUGCGUACCAGGCUCUGGAAAACGCUGGGAUAUCCAUGGAGAUGGCGGCAGGUAGCCAGACCUGUGUGUUCACUGGUUGCUCUGCCAAUGACUAUGCCACAUUUUAUUCCAAGGACCCUCAGAAUGGGGGCAAGUAUACCGCAUAUGGGCAGUCCAUGAACAUGGUAGCCAACCGGGUCAGUUGGUUCUAUAAUCUCCAAGGACCUAGUGUCAAUGUGGAUACUGCUUGCUCCAGCAGUUUGGUGGCAUUAGACAUGGCUUGUCAGUCAAUUUGGAGCGGUGUGUCGACAGCGGGCCUUGCGGUUGGAGUUAAUCUCAUCAUUGCUCGGGAGUUUACGAACGCCUUGGACAACCUCGGCGUCGUCUCCUCCGACAGUCGAUGCUUCACCUUUGACGAACGUGCAAACGGCUACGGGCGCGGAGAAGGAGUUGGCGCUGUUGUGAUCAAGCCUGUCCAAGAUGCUCUCCGUGACGGUGACACUAUCCGAGCAGUCAUCCGUGCCACUCAAUCAAACCAGGAUGGUUGGACUCCUGGAAUCACAAUGCCGAACCGCGAGGCUCAGCAAACAAUCAUCGAGAGCUGCUAUCGUCGAGCGAACUUGGAUCCGGCUGUCACCAGAUAUUUUGAAACUCAUGGUACCGGCACCCCGACGGGAGACCCGAUUGAGACGAGAGCGAUUGGGAAGUUGUUUCGAUCCCUUCGAUCACCGGAGGAACCCCUUUACGUUGGAUCGGUGAAAACAAACAUCGGCCAUUUGGAAAGCGGGAGUGGAAUCGCUGCGUUGAUCAAGGUGGUCUUGUCCUUGGAGAAAGGAGUCAUUCCCCCGGUCAGCGAGAACUUCCAAACGGUCAACCCCGCGCUUGAUCUCGACUUUUCAAAUUUGAAGAUCGUCGCGAAAGCGACCCCUUGGCCACCUGGCCUGCAUCGAGCAUCAGUCAACUCAUUUGGAUUCGGUGGCACGAACAGCCAUGCCAUUUUGGAUGACGCAGUCCACUUCUUGGAACAGGAGGGACUGAUACCAAACUCCAGUCUCCUCACUCCACCUUCCAGUAAUUCGUCUGUCAGCGGGGACCUACCCACUCCCGAGAACGCGCUCGGUGAAAACCAUGACAUUCAAUCAUGGAAAGAUGCAGAUGACGAUCCAUCACGCCUUCGCAUCUUGACUUGGUCAUCCGCAGAUGAGAAUGGCAUUUCGCGUUUUGCGGAGCCAUGGACCCACUAUCUCAGCAACCUAUCAUCAGUCCCUGAAUCAGACGAGUAUCUGGCCAACUUGGCUCAUACCCUGAAUGACCGACGUAGUCGUCUGCCAUGGAUGACAUACGCCCUAGCAGAUGAAAAGACUAAGCUGUCCAGUGUUGUGGAAACAUGGAGCUCUCCGAUCCGACGCGAGGACUCUCAUACCGUUGCCUAUGUUUUCUCUGGGCAAGGUGCACAGUGGCCUGCUAUGGGCCGUGAGCUGUUAUCUCGGUAUUCAGUUUACCGCACUAGCCUCGUCGAAGCUGGCCUCUAUCUGCGGAGUCUAGGCUGUGACUGGGAUCUAUUGACCGAGCUGCAGAAGGAUGCUGCCAAUUCAUCAGUCAAUGAUCCCAUGCUUGCGCAGCCACUCUGUACAGCAAUCCAGGUUGCACUAGUGGACCUUCUCUCGACUUUCGGUCUGAAGGCAUCCGCGGUUGUUGGCCAUUCUUCCGGUGAAAUUGCGGCCGCAUAUUGUGCUGGUGCGAUUUCCCGUGAAUAUGCUUGGCGCCUGGCAUACUUCCGUGGUCUCUGGGCUGCGAAGGUUGCCACAUCCUCAUCAAUGGACGGGACAAUGAUGGCAGUGGCUCUGUCAUCAGAGCAGAUACAACCCUUCUUUGACAGAAUAAAAGACCAGGGUCAACCGCUCGGUGUUUCCAUAGCUUGUGUCAAUGGACCCAAGGCAAUCACUGUAUCUGGUGCGCGCGGCCAGAUCAAUCAGAUCCAUUCGUGGCUGAAAGAAGAAGAGAUAUUUGCCCGCGUAUUGCCCAUUCCAGUGGCUUAUCAUUCCUUCCAGAUGGAAGAAAUCGCGGUCGCUUACAAGGAAAGUGUGGGAAAUGACCAGGGAUCCUCAAGUCGGUCCAAGGACUCACCCCAUAUGGUCUCCUCGGUCACUGGCGAAUGGGUCGAUUACGAUCAACUGAGCAAAGCAGAAUACUGGGUGACAAACCUCUUGUCGACUGUGCAAUUCCUCAAUGCUUUCCGAAAACUUGCUCCGGACUCUUCUAGUCUGUCUACCAAAAAGCUGGACCGCUCUCACCGCAAGCAUCUAACGGUUGACAUGUUGAUUGAGAUUGGUCCCCAUGCAGCUAUGCGCGGCCCUUGCCGCGACAUUCUUGGGGAGUUUGGUCGGAAGAACGAGGUGCAAUAUGUAUCACUAUUGACGCGGAACACCAACGGAGUUCGAACUGCAUUGGACACUCUUGCGCGACUCCAUUGUUUGGGAUACCCGGUUGAUCUCAGUGCGGUCAACUCGGUAACCUCGAGUGGGCCCAAAGAACAGCCCCGAGUCCUGACUGAUCUUCCGCCGUAUCAAUUCAACCAUACCAAAUCCUACUGGCGGGAAGGCCCAAUAAGUAAGGGAUUCCGGUUCCGCCGCUUCGGGAGGCAGGAGAUGCUUGGAUGGCCUGAUGACGACUGGAACCCACUACUCCCCAACUGGAACAACACUUUGCAACCUUCAAACCCCAUUUGGGCAAGGGAUCAUCAGAUAAACAAUGUCAUAAUCUUGCCUGGCGCAAGCAUGCUGAGCAUGGCCAUCGAGGCAGUCAAGCAACUCACAGAUCCCAACCUGAAAAUCUCUGGGUUCAACUUCAAAAGGGUGAAGUUCAUGUCGGCACUCGUGUUGCCAGCCGACACCCCAGGGAUUCAAACCCGCCUCUCGAUGCGCCCAGACCGUGAUGAUGGACCCGAGAAUGGCGGUUGGUACGAGUAUAGCUUGUUUUCCAACCGAGGUCAAUGGAGCAAGCACAGCACAGGUUUCGUUCAAGUUGUGAUUGAGAAAGGCAGCGAUGCAGAAGUUUCCGUGGAGCACAAAGAAGCCCUCGCUCAGUUCCACCAAAUGGAAAAGCGGUCUACUAAUGUCCUUGAUCGCACGACCUUCUACGAAAGUCUCAAGCUUUCCAACCUGCAAUUUGGGCCAUCAUUCCAGUGCAUACUGAAAGCGACGUCUGAUCGAGCGAGCAGUCUCGUGACCGAGAUUCAAACCUACAAGUUGGAAGGUGCUGAGACUUGGAGCGAGAGGUACACGAUUCAUCCGACAACGCUUGAUGGACUCAUGCAAGGAACCCAAGUGCUGCGCUCUGAAGGAGGCCAGAAAGAGAUCACCCCUGCAAUUCCCACUGGUAUCGAUCGCGCAUGGAUAUCGAACACCGGCCUCAGCCGUCCAGCGACUUCAUCCAUCAAGGUUGGCACCGACCUUGAACACGAAGGCCGCCAGCAGUCCAAGUUCAAUCUCACGGCAGUUGACCAGGAUGCCCAGAAUGUUCUCAUCGCGAUAGAGGGUGUUACCUUCACGAUGAUUGACUCCCAGCAAAAUGCCCAAGAUGCUGAGGGAGAGCGAAAAGAGUCAACUUGUCACCAGACUGACUGGAAGCCCGAUCUUGGACUUCUGUCCAAGACUGAAACCCUUCAGUUGUUCCAGAAGAGUAUUCCAGAGGGUUCCUCUCAGGGUUUGAAAUACAUGAACAUCGACCUGGUGAUCACAGGGUUUAUCCUUCGCGCAGUGCACAUGAUCAACCAAAAGGGAGAGCUGAGCAAUCUCUCACCGGGUGUACAGUCUCACAUAAGAUGGCUGAAGGGUCAGAUGCAGAUGGUGGUGGAUGGAAAAUCGCCAUUCAGCUCCACUUACUGGCAAGCGCAAAUCCGAGAUGACACUGCUUUUAAUGAGCUUUGCGAUUCUGUUCACAGUGCUGAUCUGCAGGGAAAGCACCUUGUCACCGUCGGAAGAAAUCUCUUGAGUCACGCACAAGAUGGAUUCUCCCAAUCACUCUCCGAUGUUCUGAACGUUGAACUUCAGAAGGAUUCCUACAAAGAAAUGUGGGAGCAAGCUGCUGGAAUUCAGCGAUGGAAAGCGUACAUUGACGCGUUGGGGCACAAACAUCCGGACAUGAAUAUACUUGAGAUUGAUGGAGGCAUUGCUUCCACGUCUGAUCUCAUUGUGGACACUCUCACAACUCAGGGCACUGAAGGCCGUACCAUUCCUCGCUUCCAAAACUUCCAAAUUUGCAACAGCAGCGAGAAACGUUUGUCUGAUGUUCAGCAGCGGAUCGGUGGUUCCAUUCCGAGAGUCUCUUUCAAUGUCUGGGACAUGGAGGGCGAUGCUGGAUCUUUUGUUUCAGCGUCGCCUAAAUUUGAUCUUAUCAUUGUGUGCUUGGCUUUCCACUCUGUCAAAUCAAUCGAAAGGUGUUUGAAGGAGAUUCGCAGCAUGCUGCAAGAUGACGGAGAGCUGGUUGUUAUCGACAUGACAAAUCCCAACUCAACCCGCAGUACAUUCGUUCACGGUCUUGACGAGAGAUGGUGGAUAAAUACUGAGCCAUACCGGAAAGAUGGGCACUCUGUUGAUGAGUCUACCUGGGACGAAGUCCUUCGCCAAUCGGGAUUUUCGGGCUCAGAGCUCGUUUUCAGGGACCACGACCAAAGCACAUCUCACGAAGUCAGCGUGAUAGUGUCCCAUGUUAGCCAAGAAACGACCAACGAGGCUUCCGACCAAAAGCCCCCCGUUGCCCUGCUUUGGAACCCAGACGGACCAAAUCAGAGAACUGUUCGCGAGCAGUUAGACUCCCAGCUAGCAUCUCUAGCAAGCAAUGUGGAUCACUGGACGAUUGACCAGGACAUCCCAAAACCCUUGCCAAAUGAUCUCAUUUGCGUCGUUUUGUUGGAGUUGGAUAACGUGGUCGUGGCUGACAUGAACGCCUCGGUAUUCCAUAUGCUUCAAAACCUAGUUCUCAACUGUCACAGGAUCAUAUGGGUUACCUCCGAUGCGAGCCGCAAAUCUUCCCCCUUUUUCGGGGCUGUUGAUGGACUGUUCCGCGUCCUGAAUUCAGAAGAUAGUCGAGGAGUUUUUACUACCCUGUCGCUUGACGGCAUAGAGCUCAAGACAGAUCUUAUCACCCGUGUUGCUCAAUCCCUGGUUACCGGCACAGGUCACGAAACAGAAUACAAAGAGCGGUCUGGAGUUCUACACAUCCCGCGCAUUGUCGAAGCUCCCCAUUUGUCCAGCUCUGUUACCCACCUUCAAGCAUCCAGAUCUCGCGUUCGCCAACCUUGGAACUCAGGGCCUGCCUUGAGACUACAUGUUGGUCAAGGUGGAAUGCUCGAUGAUCUUCACUUCAUUGAAGACAAGUCUCGGGGCUCCGAAUUGCCUCCCGACAAGAUCGAGGUCAAAGUCAAAGCGGUCGGGGCUAAUUUCCGCGACAUUCUGGUCUUGCUUGGACGAAUGGAUUCGACAACCGUAGGCUUUGAAUGCGCCGGUGUGGUGACAAGAGUCGGCGCAAACUGCACAGGGUUCCAGAUAGGAGACCAUGUUGCUGGCUGCGAUUUCGACACCUACAGCAGCUACGUGCGUUUCCACAGUGCAGCUGCUGUGAAGCUUCCUACGGGUAUGUCUUUUGCUGAAGCCGCAGCCAUCCCAACAAACUUCGUCACUGCGUGGUAUGCGUUCUCCAUGGUCGCCAAUGUGCAGCCUGGAGAUACUGUAUUGGUUCACUCUGGAGCGGGUGGAACAGGACAGGCGGCGAUUCAGAUUGCCCAAUACUUGGGUGCCACCGUCAUUGCCACUGUUGGAAACGCCCAGAAGAGAGCUUUCCUGAAGGAAAGAUACGGAAUUCCGGAAUCUCACAUCUUCUCCAGUCGAGAUACUAAGUUUGCUGCUGGAAUCCGCCGACUGACUAAUGGUGCGGGCGUUGACGUCGUGCUCAACUCCCUCUCUGGCGAUGGUCUUUUCGCAUCAUGGGAAUGUAUCGCCCCCUAUGGCCACUUCGUCGAGAUGGGGAAGCGAGAUAUUCUCGGACACAGUGGUCUGGAUAUGUAUCACUUCGCUCGAAAUGUUAGUUUCACUGCAAUUGAUCUUGCCAUGGUGACAGCAGAAAGACCGCAGAUCAUUGGCAAGGCACUUCGCGCUGUGAUGCCCCUUAUGUCCGAGGGUAUUCUUCAUGUCUCCAGCCCCCACAAAGUCUAUGGAAUUGGUGAAUUGGAGACAGGAUUGAGAGCAUUGCAAGGCGGACAAAGUUCCGGCAAGGUCGUGUUCGAGAUGCGAGAGCACGAUGUUAUCAAUGCUCUCAUCCCACCACAGAAUACUCAAAGUUUCGAUCCGAACGCUACUUACAUUCUUGCUGGAGGUCUCGGAGGCUUGGGUCGCAACAUCGCCCGGUGGAUGAUAUCGCGUGGCGCGAAGAAUCUGUUGCUGUUGUCUCGAUCUGGCGGUGCCCAAAGCGAGGAUACGUUGUCUUUCAUCAGUGAGUUGUCGAGCGACAAUGUCAAGGUUCUAGCUCCCGCGUGCGAUAUUUCCGAUCGCUCGAUGUUGGAGGCUGUUCUUGGAGAUGUCUCUUCCUGCAUGCCUCCAAUCAAGGGCUGCAUCCAAGCCACAAUGGUGCUCCAGGACUCAAUGUUUGAGCAAAUGGAGUAUACUCAAUGGAGUAAAGCCACCGCGGCUAAGAUUUCCGGUACUUGGAAUCUGCACCAACUUCUUCCCUCCGGCCUCGACUCCUUCAUCAUGAUCUCGUCCAUCUCGAGUAUCAUGGGUAACCGAGGGCAAGCAAAUUAUGCGGCCGCGAACAGCUUCAUGGAUGCACUCGCCCACUACCGAACAGCAAACGGCGAGCGCGGCACGUCUCUCAACAUGGGCUUCUUCCUCUCUGCUGGCGCUGUUGCGCAGUCAUCAUCAUUGAAAAACCACUUCGCGACGAAUCUGCCUUUCGUUCCUGUUACUGAGGCAGAGCUUCACGCUCUGUUGUCGAUCUAUUGCAAUACAUCAGCUGGUCAGCCAAACCAAGAGGAUUGCCAAGCGAUUCUCGGAUUGAAGACAAACCAAGAAGUCUACAACCGCAACCCAGACGCUGCGUACUGGCUCCAGAAGCCUGCUUUCAGACGGAUUCUAGCGGCUGACCAUGCGGGUGAAUCUGAAGGAGAUUCGGAUGGUGCUGCUGGUGCAGGGAAGAGUAUCUCGUCUGCGGACUCACUUGAGGCAAUUGAUGCGGCGAUGAUGGAAUUGCUGGUUGCCAAGCUUUCCAAAGCUUUGAGCAUUAACAAGGAAGAGUUUGUUGGCAAGAAGCCUAUGCACAGCUACGGUAUUGAUUCUCUUGUUGCGGUGGAGCUCCGCAACUGGUUUUCGAAGGAGCUAAAUGUCGACAUCGCAAUCUUUGAUAUGCUUGGAGGAGCCACGAUUUCUGCGGUUGUUCGCCUGGCGGCUGAGAAGAUAUUUGCCAAACGCGCAGAGAGCGGUGUCAAGGCGUGA